UGCAGUACAAAAUAAGAAUUACACUCUUUCUCGAGCGGAUUGGCAAAUUUUGUCCGCGUCUACAACUCUAGAAAGUCCUCGUCUUUGUGGCACCGGCCACGGCUCGUUUGAUGGGAGAAAAGCCCAACAGUGAAAGGGUAGAGAAAAACCGCAACUUGUCGAGCCCCGCCGUAUCCGAAACGGAAUCGAAUGUACUGCACGGGAGGUGGUGGUGAGGAAAGUCGUAGUAGAAGUAGUAGCACCAACAACAAUAUCAGUAGGUGUGGAGGGCAGUGGUGCAAUCGGGGCUCAGAAUUCAUCGGCGAUCGCCGUACCAUCGUCAGGUGCAUCGUGUAGUGUCAGUGCAUCAAGAGACAGAGAGGAAAGAGAGGGAGGCAGGGACACGUCGGUAGAAAGGUUCUUCCGUUUCACCGUGCACGGUGUCGUGUUUUGGGUGGCAAGAUUAACAUUUUCUUCGAAAGUAUCAGCCAGCUGGCUGAAAAUUGCGUGAAGAUGCGUACACUCGGCCUUUCGGUGAUCAGCAUGCUGCUGACGGGGCUGGUGAUCGGCAAUGCCUACUAUCAGAAGAAACAAUUCUACCCGUCGGUGGUGUACAUCACCAAGUCCAACCCGAGCAUGGCCGUCAUCUACAUCCAAUCGCUGGUGCUGGUGCUGAUGUUGGGCAAGCUGAUGAAGAAAAUCUUCCUCGGUACGUUGCGGGCGGCCGAGUUCGAGCACCUGAUGGAACGGUUCUGGUACGCGCUGACGGAGACGUGUCUCGCGUUCACCGUGUUUCGGGAUGACUUCAAUCCGAAGUUUGUGGCACUGUUUACGGUGCUGCUGUUUCUGAAAUCCUUCCACUGGUUGGCGGAGGACCGUGUCGAUUACAUGGAGAGAAGCCCAGUGAUAGGAUGGCUGUUUCACGUGCGGGUCGCAGGGUUACUGCUCUGCCUUGGCCUGUUCGACUACGAGCUGAUCUCGUACGCGUACCAGUCGACCAUUUCCAAGGGCGUCACGGUGCAGCUCGUAUUUGGCUUCGAGUACGCCAUCCUAAUGACGAUGGUCAUCAAUACGGCCAUCAAGUACAUUUUCCAUGCGGCAGAACUGCGCUCGGACACGCCGUGGGAAAACAAGGCCGUCUUUCUGCUGUACACCGAGCUGAUCAUCGGUUUCACGCGCGUCGUACUGUACGUGGUGUUUGUGAUUCUGAUGGUGAAAAUAUUCACCCUGCCCAUGUUCGCCUUCCGGCCAAUGUACUACACGAUGCGUAAUUUCAAGAAAGCCCUCAACGACGUCAUUCUUUCGCGGCGUGCCAUACGCAACAUGAACACUCUGUAUCCGGACGCGACGCCCGAGGAGCUGCAGAUGUCGGACAACAUCUGCAUCAUCUGUCGGGAGGAUAUGGUGAGCAACUCGAAGAAGCUUCCGUGCGGCCACAUCUUCCACACGGCAUGCCUGCGCUCGUGGUUCCAACGGCAACAGACGUGCCCCACCUGCCGGCUAAACAUUCUACGUACGCCGAUCACCGCGGCCACCACCGCAGCCAAUCCGGCGCCGAAUAACAAUACCAACGAUGGCUCGAAUGGGGCUGCUGGUGCCGUAACUGACGCUAGCCGCCCCACGACCGGUGUCGCCGGUGCGGGUGGUGCGGCCGGUGCAAAUGCCACCGGUUCUCCGUUGCCAAAUGGCAUGGCACCGUCAGCGACGAAUGCUUUACCGCUCUUCCCCGGUGCACCGUUGAUGCUUCCUCCGUUUCCCUUCGUGGGAAUGCCACCGUACACGAUGCCGCUUCCGCCGGUGCCACCCUCGCUGGAUACGCUGACCGAUGAAGAGGUACGUGCGAUGGAGGGAACCGAACGGCGCCACAUCGAAGAGCGCAUCAAGCACCUAAGGAACAUACGUACCCUGCUGGACGCAUCGGUGGCGCUGAUGAACCAGUACGCUGCCAUCACGGCCCGUCUGCCACCGGAAGCCGUCUCCCAUCUGCAGGCACCACCACCACCAUCACUACCGGGGCAACCAAGCACAGUCAUCCCUUCCACGACCACGGUGCCCCUGACGGCGGUGCCUAUGGUUCCCGGUGAGCCUUCACCGUCAACUUCGGCGGCCAUACUCAACACCGGUACAGCCGUAGUGGAUCCAACUCCCGCGGCCAUGAAUGUGGCGGACGGGACGACUACGCCCGGCAGCCCGAAAAGGGCCAGUAACGAUGGCAGUAAUAAGAGUAGUAAUCUUAUUAGUGAUAGUAAUAGCAGUAUAGUAACGAACGCCAGCUCCGGCAAAGCUACUAGUCUGGCAAAGCUGGAGGAUCUAGGACCGAUCAGCAGCGACGAGGAUGAUGCGACGGUGAAGCUAAAAAAGGAACCCCUUCCGAGCACGAGCAAGGCAUUCCUCAUCACGCCCGAUCAGUUGCUCGAUGGGGACAGCAGCACUGAAGGUGCGAUUAGCAGCAGCACCAUCACCACGGCAACGACGAGGCCGAGCACAGUGAAUGGCACCGGUGGUCUGUCCGUCAAUCGGCCGGAAAGCUCCGCCAUGAGCGAAUUGCGCCGAAGGAGGUUGGAAAAGUUUGCCACCCAACCGUCGUCAGCAGGAUCGGAUAGUCAGUGAGGGGAGCCCCUAGGGGGCGAUAUGGGUGAAGAGACCCAUUGAAAAGUCUCCCACUGUCGGUGCACAUACGCGGAAAAGAUUCUAUAAAAACAUGCCAACACACCGAACGAUUCUUCAAAACGCUAAGCGCAGAAACAUAUUCCUGGGGCCAACCAGCAGCAGACAGCAGGUAUGAGAAACAGUUUGGAAACAUUUUAGGGCACCAAGUUCCUCACUCCCUCCUGGCUGAAAAGACAUUCAUGGCAACAAAACCAUCAAAAAAAUCUUCAAUUGGUGUUACAUUAUUAUACAAAUAGGACCUACAAGAACAUAGCUUUUCUCGCUUCCAGCCAGUAAUGGAAUGUGGCGCAAAACGACACAAACGAAACAAAAAAACACGACUGUACCGUUUAGAAAAGCAUUACAAAACAUGCUAAAAGAGUACAGAGUAUGAUUCGUCCCCGGGUAGAGCUACUCUGCUUUUCUUUUGCAGUUAUUUUUAAUUUUAAAUGCUUUGUAAACACAAAACAACUCCGUACAACACAGCAAGCUUC